AUGAAUACACCCGGGGAAGUGAGCAAAAAGAUGCGGGGUGAGAAACUCUUCAACUUCGGGGUGCUACCACCUGUUCGAGGGAGCUGCAAGACGUUGGACAACUCUGGACUUGCAGAUUUUUGUGAAGUUGCAAGUGACUCCUUCAAAGCGGCUGGCAUUGCACUCAGAUCCUCAAACGACACACGCUUGUGGCAAGAGCGAUUGUCUUGGGAGAGGAAGGCUGCAUAUAAGAAGUGGACGACCCUUAUUUCAAAGCAGUUUAAUGCAUGGGAGAUUUGCAGACAGCUGUGGGCUGGGAACAGUUUGAAAAUGGCUCAAGGAGGUCUGUUGGAGAGCGUGAUGGACGCUUUAGGCAACAAGGCCACCUCCACGGUUCAUGCAAGAGUGUCUCCAUUAAUCCAGCUUGCACACCACUGCGAACAGAAGGGUUUUUGCUGCUUCCUUCUCACCGAAAGUUUGGUGUAUGAUUACAUGAAAGACAGUCCUGACAGAGCACCAUCUUUUCACAGGUCGCUGCUUUUAUCCAUAAGCUUUGCAAGCUUCCAUUUUGGACUGGAUGGAGCUUCUGGGGUUCUGGCUUCAGCUAGGGUACGUGGAUGCGCUCAGAAGCACUACGCUGAAAAGCGCAAACUGGUGCAGAGACCACCCUUGACUGUAGAACAAGUCAAAGCCUUAGAACGGAUAGUCUUGGACCCUAGCCGAACUGAUGUGGAUCGACUUGGAGCUGGGUUUUUCCUCACACUGGUGUAUGGCAGAUUGCGAUACAGUGACGCACAGCAGGUCUCUGGACUGACUCUGGACAUGCCGAAUGCCAGACAAGGCUUUCUUGAAGGACAAGCAGGGCGCACAAAGACCAGCGUCAGUUUGGAAAGGAAAUGCAGGAGCGGGCGCUUCCCGCUUGAAGAUGCCGACGAGCCAGUUCAGAGAGACGAUGCGAAGUCUGACGCCUCGUCCAGUUCCUCAGAUGGAUCUGACAACGAGUCAGAGAUGGAUUUUGAGAACGAGGAGAAGGCCAUUCAAGAACCUCCAAUUGGUUUCACAAGGACAACGAUGAAACAGUUAGAGCUGGCUGACAGAAAGCUGUUCUGUGUGUUGGCAGAGCGGACUAGAGAGGGCAUCAAGAGCAACACCAAAGGCAGACCACUGGAUUUGGUUUUCAAAGAGAGUUGUGAGUCUUCAGAAGUUUUGGCAUUGCUUCAACCACGCCCUACGGGAGCAUCAGCUGAGAAGACCAAGGAACCCAGAAGUGCUUCUGACGACCCUCCAGCCAAGAAACCAAGGCGUGAGAUUGUCAAGAAGGGCAAGGGGAAGGGCAACAAUGGUGCCUUCGUCCGGAUCCCGCAUGACCUUCUGAAACUGAAUUGUGUUGCAGCCACUCCGAAAAACAACAGGAUUUGUUUUUCUUACAAUUUGAAGAAGUGCGAUGUUUCUGGGCAAAAGUGUGCAAAGGGACUUCAUGUUUGUGCAGUACAAGGGUGCUUCCGCGGGCAUCCAGCAGUUGAAUGUCAGAAACAGGGAUCGUGA